AUGCCAAUAUACUGCAGAUAACAUGCAAAUCAAAUCGUCUAAAACGUAUGCAUCGAUUUGGAAUGUUAACAACAGAAAUUGUCUUGCAAAUUCUGUUUAUAGCAAUACCAUCCCGGCCACAAUUCAAAACCUGUAUUGACAUACUUAGAAAAUUCCCAAUCAAUUUUACAAUCAAAAGUAAACUCACUUUUGCAAUUCAUUACCUAUAUCACCGAAUUAAAAAUCACUUACCAGGAACCCAAUUAAAGCAAUAUAUUUUACAAAUAAUUUGAAGAAUUCUUGGAAAAGCGAAAAUUUAUAUUCGAUAAUGAUUUAUAACAAAAACUUAGUGAACUCUCACCUAGCAAAGAACAAAUUUAAAAAUUAAGCAAUUCUCAAAAAGCAACCAGUGCUAGUUAGAAUCAAAGCUCAUCUAAUCUAUUCUAAUAAUCCUAAAUAAUAUCCAAUAUCAUUAGACAAUUAGAUCUUGUUACUGGUCAAAUGGUUGAAUUAACAUAAACCAAAUAGCAAUUUUAAUCUUAAUAGAUUUCAAUUAUUAAUCAAAAUGAUUCAUCAUCAGUUAUAUUUGAUUAAGGAAUGAAAGAAUUUAAGCUACAAAACUACAAGCUAUCUAUAGAGCAAUUUGAAAAAGCGAUCAAGUUGAAACAGAAUUUUGAAUAGGCAUGGAUCUAUAAAAUAUUGUCUUAUGGAGAAUAAAAAUAAAACAAAAAGGCAAUAGAUGAAUGCGUGAGAGCUAAAUAGUAUUGUUUUAACUCAAGUAAUCUGUGCUUUUUGCAUGGAAUACUUUUGUAAGAAAAUAAGCAAUAUAAGGAGGCCCUGGAAUAAUUUGAUGUUGUUAUUUAAAAUAACAAUAAAAACAUAGAAGCUUUAUACUAAGCAGGUGUUUCAUCAUUUGAAUUGGAAUUGUAUCCUAAGGCACAAGAAUAUUUUCAAAAAAUAAUAUUACAAACCCAUAAUGAGAAGGCAUAUUUAAUGUAAGGAAGAAUAGCUCUGGAGGAAGCACAACAAGAAAAUGCUAUUUUUUGUUUCGAGUAGUGCAUUGAUAUUAAUUAGAAAACUUAAGCUCACUUCUAUUUAGCAUUGAUCUAUAUAAAUUUAAAUGAAAUCAAAAAAGCUUAGUCUUAUAAUGAUAUUUAUUGUCGAAAUUUUUAAGAUGAUAUAAAAGGGAAAUUGUAAAGAGGUUAAAUUUUACUUCUAAAUAAUGAAUAAGAAAAAGCUUUAUAGAUUUUCAAUGAAAUAAAAUAAAAAGAUCCUGCACUUGAAUUUACGGUUAGAUAGAUAAUUGAAUUAUAUAGGCAGAGAUGA